AUGGCGCUCCCUAACUUCACAGCUCUCCGAGACCUGCACAACUCGGCGAACGACCUCCUCGACUCCCGGGAGCUCGGCGGCGGAAAGACCCACGAGUCCAAAUGGCUGUACCAAGCCUCGGAAGCCUCCCUCCGCAUGCUCGACGUGUGCGGAGUCUCGAAAGACGUUCUCUCCCUAGUGAAAGAGCACCUCCUCGACCUCCAAUUCACUCUACGCGGCCGGGGUUCGCCACGAAACGACGCCGAAUCCAAAAUCCUGGCCUACAACGACUGCAGGAAGAAGCUUAGUAGGGAGACGAUGAAGUGCCUCAAGUCGCUGAAAGGGACGAUGAAGGAGAACAAGCGUAAUCAGCUGGCUGUGGAUGAAGCCGACGGCGGCCGGGAUCUGGCGGUGGUGGCGGAGGUGCUGAGGGAGGUGAGGGGGAGCUCUGUUUCCAUCGUGGAGUCGCUGCUGAGCUUGAUCUCGAUCCCGUGGCUGGAUGAUGAUCGGAGGGGUAAAACGGUGUCGUUUGUGGGGAGGAUGAUGAUGCGGCGUCGUAAGGGGAGGGUGGGGGAUUUCUGCGACGAGACGGCGCUUCAGACGGCGAACAAGAGGUUGGAGGCGGUGGAGAUUGCGAUUGAGGAGCUAGAGGGUGAGCUGGAGUGCAUGUUCCGGCGGUUGAUUCAGACCAGGGCUUCGCUUCUCAAUAUUCUUACUAAUUAA